AUGAUCUUCGCCGCCCGUCAGAUACAAGUGAAACGCCACAAAAUGCGGACCCACCUCUGCGCUACCUUCGUGGACUCGACGAAAACCUUCGACACUGUGAGUCGCGAUGGCCUGUGAAAAAUCAAACAGAAAUUCGGUUGUCCUGAGCGCUUCGCGCACAUGCUACAUCAUCCUUACGACGGGCUGAUGGCACGCGUCAUGAACUGUCAUGUUAUUCCCUUCUACAAAUAUGAUAACAUUUGAUCCUAGCAUUUAUGUGGACUGACUACGCAGCGUCCCCGUCUAUCGUCAACAGUGAGUCCCCUCAUUUCUCCCGACCUAACCAAGUUCGACUUCCUCCUGGUCUGGUAUGACGUUGUCAGUCAGCUCCUCCAGCCCCCCCCCCCCCCCCCUGGCAGGCCGUACGAUGUUCUUUCAUAAUCUGACCUGGAAUUUGCCGCCGACCGUGACGACAAGGCUGAUAUCAUCAGCGUUGACUACAUCGAGCCAGCCUACGUCGAUGAUGCUGCUGCUGCUGCUGAUGAUGAUGAUGAUGAUGAUGAUGAUGAUGACGACGACGAUGAUGAUGCUGAUGACGACGACGACGACGACGAUGAUGAUGAUGACGAUGAUGAUGAUGAUGAUGAUGACGACGACGACGACGACGAUGAUGAUGAUGAUGAUGAUGAUGAUGAUGAUGAUGAUGAUGAUGAUGAUGAUGAUGAUGAUGAUGAUGAUGAUGAUGAUGAUGAUGAUGAUGAUGAUGAUGAUGAUGAGGAUGAUGAUGAUGAACCGACCUCACCCCAAUACAGUGACCAGCCACUAACGCACUGGGGACGGCCCACCUCCUAUUAUCCGCAAAAGGUCCGGUCGUCAUUUGCCUGGUCCGACAGACUUAUGGCUGGUUAG